UCACAAUUGAUCGGUUCAGGUCAACAUGAGCUCGUCGACACGGGUGACGAAGAAGCGCACGCUAGCGGAAGACUACGGCGGCGGCGUUGAUGAAGACCUCCAAGCUUAUGUAGAUGAUGACAACGACCCCACUCAAUCGUCCGAUGCCGUGAUGGCGAGUAACAAGCUCAGUCAGCGCAUCCAGAAGCGCCUGACUUCACUCGAGAGCGAUUCCAGCAAUUCCGAGUACCACGACUUUUCCUCGUUAAAGAUGAAACCCGAUCAUCCUUCCCGUCCCGUCUGGGUCUGUCCAAACGGGCGCAUCUUCCUCGAGGCUUUUAGUCCAUUGUACAAACAAGCGUAUGACUUUCUUGUUGCGAUCUCCGAGCCAGUAUCCCGCCCCGAGUUUCUGCACGAGUACAAGUUGACCCCAUAUUCCCUUUAUGCUGCCGUGUCGGUUUCCAUUGAAACGGAGAGCAUCGUGAAGGUUUUAGAACGUUUGAGUAAAAACCACGUGCCGCAGGUCAUCAUUCAGUUUAUCAAGGAGUGUACAGCGAGUUACGGGAAGGCCAAGCUCGUGCUCCAUCACAACGAGUACUACGUCGAGUCAUUGUACCCCAACGUCCUUAAGCGCCUUCUCGAAGAAGAGUCCAUUCGGCGGGCCCGUGUCAAGGACGACCUGUUGGGAGCAGGUAUUGGUAUCUCCGUGUGGUGUUCUGACUUUGUGGUCAUGCUGUCUGCAGGCGCUUCAACCACAUAUAAUGCCACGGGAGAGUUCUUGCAAAAGGAGAUUAGCGCUGAGGACCAAGCAAACAAGCAGUACGAGCAGCUCUUGAUGGAGGACUACGACCAGACGGAAGAUCAGCAGCGGGCCAAGGCGGCAGCAACUUCCGCGGCAACUGUGCAAACCGUGAGUUUUCGUAUUCGCAAGACGCAAGUUGAGCAAGUAAAGCGCGCGUGUCUUGACAUUGAUUUUCCGCUCAUGGAAGAGUACGACUUCCGCAAUGACAAGUCGAUUCCAGACAUUGACAUGGAUUUAAAACCCACGACUCGCAUCCGAGAAUACCAGGAGAAGUCACUCAGCAAGAUGUUUGGAAACGGGCGCGCUCGGUCUGGUAUUAUCGUGCUUCCGUGCGGUGCUGGGAAAACUUUGACAGGGGUCACUGCGGCAUCAACGAUUAAAAAGUCGUGUUUGUGUCUGUGCACGUCGGCAGUGUCAGUGGAACAGUGGACAGCGCAGUUCAAGAUGUGGACAUCGAUCCCUGAAAAGAAGAUUGCGCGGUUUACGAGUGUUGCGAAGGACUAUAUCGACCCUGUGUCAGGGGUGAUCGUAACAACGUACACGAUGGUGGCAUUUGGCGGGAACCGCGCAGCGCAGUCUGCAGCGGUCAUGGACAUUAUCCAGAGCCGAGAAUGGGGAUGCAUCUUGCUUGACGAAGUGCACGUUGUCCCCGCCAAAAUGUUUCGCAAAGUCAUUGGGUCCAUUGCGUGCCACUGCAAGCUCGGGUUGACGGCGACCCUCGUGCGAGAAGAUGACUUAAUCGGCGAUUUGAACUUCCUCAUUGGCCCCAAGCUCUACGAAGCCAACUGGAUGGACUUGACACAGUCUGGAUUUUUGGCGAACGUGUCGUGCGUUGAAGUGUGGUGUCCCAUGACUGGACCCUUUUACGCCGAAUACUUGAAAGAAAACGUCAGUGCUCGCAAGCGAGCGCUGCUGUAUGUGGCAAACCCCAACAAGUUUUCGGCAGCCGAGUACUUGAUCAAGUACCACGAAGAGCGCGGCGACAAAAUCUUGCUGUUUUCGGACGACGUAUUUGCUCUCCGAUUGUACGCCACAAAGCUCCAAAAGGGGUUCAUCUACGGCGGCACCGGUGAACGCGAACGCAUGCGUCUGCUUCAAUCAUUUCGGUCGAGCCCUCAUGUUAACGUCAUUUGCAUUUCCAAAGUCGGGGACACGUCGAUCGACUUGCCUGAAGCCAACGUGAUCAUCCAAGUGAGCUCCCACUUUGGGUCGCGACGACAAGAAGCCCAGCGCCUGGGUCGGAUUUUGCGCCCCAAAGCAAACGCCACGGGCGGAUUCAACGCGUUUUUUUACACACUCAUCUCGACCGACACACACGAAAUGUACUAUUCGAACAAGCGCCAGCAGUACUUGGUCGACCAAGGAUACACCUUUAAGGUUGUGACCGAGCUGUACGACAAGUCGACUUUUGAAGGUGUGUUUACAAACAAGGAAGCGCAGAGCGAGCUGUUGGCCGAAGUGCUCGAGGCUCAAGACUUGGAAAAGUUUAUCGACGACGAGAACGCCGAGAUAUCCAAGAUUGGAGGCGACGAAGACUUGUCUCGUUUGUCUGGCAAGAAGAAAAAGACAUCGAUGGGCGCGUUGUCUGGCGCCGAUGGCUCCAAAUACAUGGAGUACUCGACCGGUCAUGGCGCUAAACAGCGCCAUAACUUAUUCCGGGAUCGGUACAAGUAGUCCAACGGCGCAGAGGCAGUCCACCGCUUUGAUAUGAUCACCACGUUAUUUCAUUGACUUUCACGUCGAAUGGGUCGUGUCAAUUGGUGUCAUGGACAACUGGUGGCUAGGAUGACUCCUGC